GUCGGUAUUGUCUGCACAGCCUCACACACGGAGGCAUGCGACGCGCCACACACAUGGAAGUCCGUCGAUAAAGGGAUAGGUUCCAUCGGCUGGCUAUAGACAUGAAGACACACACAUUGAUAGAGAGAAUCCUCUGCGAUCGCUUAAAUGCAUCCGCCGCCCCCAGUGGUCUGAUAGAGACUGUGUGCACACCGACAGCCAAAAACGAGUCGCCCCCUUCCAUAUACACACACAUGGGAUGUGUGUCUGCACCGGCGGCGCUAAAGCACUCGGCCAUGCGACAUGUCAAUGCAGCGCUAUCACGUCGGCCGUGAGUCCAUCAUCAAGGAGGCGACGGCACUCACCCACUGCCACCCAGCAGAUGGCUGAACACACACAGAGAAAAGGAUGGGAGAGGCGGACGCACCGUUCAUGGUGUGUGUGUGUCUUCCUUCUUUUCCCCUGACCUGCAGUGUGUAGAUCUCCAAAUCGGCGAGUGUGAAGUUGAAGCUGGAGGCCAGCCUGGCUUCGCCCUCGUUGGUAAUGGUCCCGACGUACUUCUUGUCGGCCGGCAGCUCCUCCUUCUUCACCCACACCUGGCAGCUGCGAAGGUCGCCUGUCGGGCGGCGAUUGCCGAUCCCCAGCCACAGGCGGCCCUUGGCGAUGCACACCUUGGCGCAUGGCUCACCGUCCUUGUCCGUCACCGCCCCCUGUCUGCCCGCUACCGCCACGACCUGCGCCUUCUUGGGCAGGUCGAUCUUGGUGAUGCCGUCGCCCUCGAACGCGCCACGCACCGAGAAGAGCGACACAGCGCAGGGGGUCGUCUCCUCGCCAGUGGGGUCGGCGGGCGGAGAGAGUCCGCCCUCGAUGUGGGCGGCGAUGAUGGGGCCGCUGGGGUCUUUGAGCAGCAGCAGGAGGUCGGUGGCGUCGCCGACAUUCUUGAACAUGGCCUCGGGCUCCCAGCCGUCACGCUCACCCCUGACACAUAGACAGACACACACCAAAGCAGCAAAAGGAUAUGAUUCACGAGUCACCGACAGCCUCCCUGUGAUCGGUGGCUGACUUGUAGAGUAGUUGUGGCGUCGCAUCCGUCAUGCCGGUCGCGUCGACGAGUGCUCGGAGGCCAUCCGCAGAGAAGAUGGGGUCGGCCGACACAGCACUCCACACCUGCACACAGCCAGGAGAAGCAUCUGAUGAUAUCCCUAGCCACUUGUGUGCCCUCUGGUCGGUGCCUCGCUGACAGACCUGGAAAAGCUCCACUCGCUGGACGGCGACGUCGUGGGUCUCAGCACCACAGAGGCUCGCGGCCUUGCUGCUGAUGGCCUUGCCCACAAAAUUUCCUGUUGGCCGGCAGCUCCUUCUUCUCCACCCACUGAUAGAAGCGGAGAAGGUCGUCAGUCGGGCCGCCAUGCUCGCCCCGCCCCAGCCACAGACGGCCGUCAGCGAUGGCCACCUUGCCCCGUGGCUCACCGUCCUCCUCCGUCACCGCCCCCUGUGUGCCCGCCACCACCACAUGUUGCUCGUCCUGUGGCAGGUCGAUCUUGGUGAUGCCCUCCUCAAACGCACCGCACACCGAGAAGAGCGACACGGGGCACUCGAAGGCCAGCUCAGAUGUUGGGUCGGCCGGCAGGUGCAGCUUGGUGUCGGCGAAGACUGCAAUGGUGUUGGUGUCGUCGCACUUGAUGACGAAGAGGAGGCCGCGGCGCCCCACUACUUGCGGCGCCAGACUCGCAUACGACGAACCGUGCAGCGAAGUCCUGACACACACACCACACAGCCAGACGUGCCGACGAAUGCUUAGAGAAUGGCGUGAUGUCCUUCAUUUGUCUGUUCUCACUUGAAGAGGCAGGCCAUCUUAGGUUGUUUCUUGCCGAUCAUGAUGAGGAGGGUCUGCAUGACGGCGUUGGCGAGGAUGUUGGGGUACAUGGCCUCGAGGACGCCGUACAUCUCACUCACACGCACCAGCUCAUCCUGGUCGGCACACGAGGGCGGCGGGACAACGGCGCCAUCGGGGGAGAGGCGACACCGACGAGCGAAGUCGACGAUCCUGAAGACACCAACAGACGAAUAGAUGAGCUCUUUUGUUGCCUCUGGUGGUUGUCUGGGUGCUUACAGGUCGACGUGGUGAGCACCCACACCGACGAUGGGAGUGCGACCAUACCUGCACACAGGACACAGAGGAGAAGGGAAGCCAAUGAUCACCACACCUGCCUCUGUCAUCUCCUCCUUGCCUUUCUCACUUGGUGAAUCGGUCGUUGAGUGUGUCGCAGUCGGCCAGCGUGGCAUCGGUGGUCGCCAGUGUGCGGCCGCCGACAGUCACACUGAGCACCUCCGCCCCUCCUCUGCCGCCCUUUAUGGACGACUUGAUGAAGGCGCCCAUCAUGUCCAUGAAGCUGCGGAAUGCCGAUUGGCUCUGGCUGUCCUCAGUCGGUUUGUCGAUGGCGAUGGGCGACUCGGCGAAGAAUAUGUCGUGGUAGAAGGGGAUGGGCUGCACGGCGUCGAACGUCUUGAUCUCGUUGACCCACCCAUGCAUCAAACGGCAGAGCUUCUCCGACAACCUGACACACACACAACCAACACACACACAACCAACACACACACAGAGCAGUGAGUCAAUGAGUGAGUGAAUGAGUGUCAUUGGCUGCAUGCUCCCAUCGUCCCUCACCAUAUGAAGUAGAGUGGGUCUGCGUCGAUGAAGAUCGUCCCGUCGGCAUCAUUGAGCAUCCACUCGUCGAACCGGUGCAGCAGCACCGCCACACACGUGCCCCGCAGCCCCUCGCGCAGCAGCAUGCCACUCGGGAACACCAUGACAUAGCCGCCGACGUUGAUCUGCGUCACGCCGCCACUCAUGGUGCCUCCUGUGGCCUGGCUGCUGCCGGUCGAUGAUGACGCCUGCAUGCGGCGAGAGAAGCAGAUGAAUGACGAGACGAUCUCGUGCGCUGCUGGUGCUGGCGACGCAAAGCACUCUCGUGUUGGAGAUCAGGGAAGCGAGAAACA